AACAACAACAACAACUGCAGCAACAACCACAACCACAGGAACAACUUCAGUCUCAGAGACCAGUGCUGAUGCUAGUAGUAGAGAAAGCGAAGAGGUUGUUAUGCGCCAGUCUCAGAGAGAGCUUGCAGAAAUAGCUGCACUUCCCCCUUCUCCACUGCCACCUCCACCACCAGCGGUGAUCGAUGAUACGCCACCCCCUCUCCCAUCUCGACCUCCUCCUUUGGCCAGUAGAAGAACCAUUGAGGAACAACAGACUUUGCCAAGUGGAGUUGGCAGUGGAGCUACUCAGUCAGAAGUAUCUUCACGUUCGUCCUUAGCUGACAUAUCCCAUGGCUCAUUUGAUGAUGGUUCUGUAGUAGGAAGCAAUGAUAGUGACUUUGUCUCUGCAGAAGUGAUCAUGCAGAUAAGAAACUUGCAUACACAGAAAAUGAAUAGAGAGAUGAAUAUAGCCUCAGCUUCUAGAGGGGAGGUGCUUGGUGGGCCCUUUACAGAGAACAGCAGCACACCAGGCCCUUCUGGGGCUGCCUCGGGGGCUUCAUCCACUUUAACUCACAGCCCACAAUCUAGAACAAAACCAAAACUGAAACCAAAACCUGAAAGGUUGAAAAAAAGUCCAACUAAUGGCUCUUCGGGUAGCCUAGAUAAACUAUCCGAUUCUAAUUUGUCCUUCACCUCGUCUCUCAGUCAGUCUCCAGAUGCUGACUUUCAGCUCACAAUGGCUAAUAUGGUGUCUGAAAGUGAUGAUAUUCUGGAGAAUGUGUAUUCUUGUUUGCCCAGCAAUGUGCCUCUGGUCUCAGAGGCUAGUGAUACUGAUGAGAGGCUGGAGCAAGAGGAGAAGGCAAAGGAACAGGAGGAGAAAGCAAAAGAAAGUCGUUCAAAGCCCAUCCCCCGACCGCGGAGAGCUCUUUCGAACAGAAUUAAGGAUGAAUCUCACCCUGUUGAGUCCUCACAAGGUGCAGAAGGUGGCCAGCGUGAAAGUCUGGAUGUUGCCACUAUUGCUAUGGAUGAGGAUUUUGACCUAGAAGUGUUCACAGGUUGUAUUUCCAAUACAGAGAGUGAGGAGUCUAUGCAGAAUGAAUAUUCUGUUCUCGGUGAGGUCAGGAAUAUGUUGAAAAAACCUUGCACCAGUGUGAAAGAGAUUCCAUUUGAAGUGACACCGAAAUCCACUGGUGCUAAAGUCAGCGAGUCUUACAAGGAGGGACAAACUCGGUCUUCCAAAGAUGAAAAUGAAAAUUUUUAUGGCUUGAUGUGUGAGGCUUCACUUCCUCCUACCACUCAGGCCCCACCAGUACCACCACUCCCUCAGCGCCAUGAUUCGUUACCUCGAAACUUCAGUGCUCAGCGUUCAAAAUUGUCACCCACACCGUCUGAUGUCGGAUUAAAAUCAUCAACGCUUCCUUCUGACAUUUCUGGCUCUGUAGUCGUAUCGUCACGAACCUCUUCUUCUCCCUCUUCGUCAUCUUCUUCUUCCUCCAUUCGCGUAGAGUCUUCACAGGCUCCUGCUGACCACAACAGCCAUUCUGAUGAGGCUCCCCCAUUGCCCCUCCCCAGGAGAAAGGUCCCCGCAACCACCACCAACAACACAACCGUCUCUCGCAAUUCCUUACCUCCUCACGCACUCUCCUCGAGCAUCUCACUAGACAUCCCUCCCAUGCCCCCUCGCUAUCCAUCCCCAAAACGCAGCUUCACCGUAGAGGAGAACAGACCUCCCUUGCCCUCUAGAAACUCCCAGAGUUUUGUGAUAAAGCGUCCGCAGCUCACUGUUCCAGCUGGCGUGGAUGGACCAGAAGGAGCCAUUUAUUCAACCAGCAAGAAGGCAUCCGCUACAGAUAUUGCAGACUCCACGCAAGACCCUUCAGUUUCAAAGGGACAUGCCACUGGGAAUGGAGCAUCAGGCCUAUCUCGCAAAAUGCUCCUGGACCGUGCCCACAGUAUGCACACUGUGGUGUCCCUUAAGCAGACACAAGCAGAGAUCCUGCAGACAGAGAUCAACUUGCCGAGUGUUUGUGUCAACCUCACUCAGAAGUCAGGCCAUGGUCUGGCAUUGGUGGAAUAUGGGGAUGCUCCGUGCGUGGUGGGAUGGAACCAGAAAGACUUCCCCAGUCUCCAUGGCAAGCUUCACAUUGGGGACCUCCUCUUCAGCAUUAACAAGAUCAAGGUGAACUCGACGGAAAUGGCCUACAAACUGCUGAAACACGUCACUGACCCCAAGAUUGAGGUGGUUAUGCGCAGGAUGCCGUUUGCUAAAGUUUUUGCAAUCCGUCGCAGUGCGGAAGGCCAGAGCUUAGGAAUAAAAAGGGAAGGUGGCACAGGAGAGAUCAUCUAUGUUGACCCAAAUGGACUGGCAGCCAACCAUGGUUUGCCAUCAUACGCUAACAGUUCAUUGAAAGAAGGCAGGUGUAACUGGUUUCUCACUGAGAUCAACAACCGACCUCUAAGUCUUUUCUUCAAGGAAAAUGAGAUUGACCACAGACUGUCUGCCGUCGGUCGAGAGAUUUCAAUUGUAGUGCAGCCAAGUGAUUUUAUUCAUGAAAUCCGAAAAAAGUUCAAGAAAAUGAAAAACUACAAGAGUUAUAUAACGCAAUGAAGUUCAUAUUCUGUUAUAUGUCAUACUCUUUUUAGACUUUCAUGUUAAUGUGCACUCUCUUGUGUGAAAUGUAAACAGCAAAUUCAAUUCUUUCUUUGCCAAUUCCUGAGUAUUCAAAUAAAAAUAUGUGUUCAACUGUCAAGAAGGAAAGUUCAUCAUCAAACGAUUCUUAGUAUCUGAGAAAAUUCGUCUUGAAAUUACAAGAUGUCAUACAAGCUUAAGUUCCGCUGGAUGGACUUUGUAACAAAAGUUUAUCAAAACUUUGUUCUUCUGUCGUAAUAUUCACUUUUUUACAUUGUUCAGGCAAUGUUUUGACUUUGUUAUUUCGUGAACUUUAGAAAUUAGAAUUGUUUGUGAAGAGAUCUGUAUUUAUUUCAGAAAACCAUAUAAAAACACAUUAUAAGUACUUCUUCUUUUGUGAUUCCUGACCGACGCUGAAGAGCGAUGCUAUCUUCAGCAGUUUUUCCUUGCUUCCAAAGAGGUUAGUGAGUUCUGGUCAGGUCACUGGUCGCUGGGUUCAGCACUGCAGCAGAACUGUUGAUCAUGUACCGAUGCCAAUUUCUUUACCAUAAGUGAAAUCUAGCAUGUGGGAAAUUAUUUUUAAAACGCUGUUUUUUUGUAACGAUUUCUUUCUGCUCACGUUCCCUUCUUGUCUCUUACAUUCUUACUUUUCCAUUCCCGUUCUUAGAAUGACCAGAUCAGUUGUCGCUUGUUCUUGAAAUUUGUGUUCCUUUGGGGUUUUUUCUUUCAUUAUGCUCACUCCUCAAAUGUCCUUUUAGGUAAAGCGGAAAUCUGUGAGACUGCCAGAUUUUCUUCAGUGUCGCUGGGUUUUCAGUUUAGAGAAGUUUCUGAAAUAUAAAAAAAUCGGGAUCUUUAUUUUAUUUUCGUUUUCAGGUGUUUUCAGAUUAAAAGUAUUUGGUUAAAGCAGACUCUACUGUAUUUUUCUUUUUCUGUCCUUUUUUUUCUUUUUUCAGUUUGAAUUUGAAUAUCAAUUGACUGUUUGUCUUUUUGUUCACUUAACUCCUUAGACACCUCUAAAACCAAAAUAUUUCCUAGGUCUAUCCAUCUAUAUAUGAGUCUACUAAUGUUUCUUUCCUUGUAUGUUCUAUUCAUAUGCGUGUACAUUUUGCAGCCUUUCUCUGGUCUCUCUGCCUUUACAUACACAUCAAACUCAACAUAAGAUACUGAAGACAAUUUUAACACCUUAGUAUGUUUUAUGUUUAUAAAUUGGCAUCUAGUUUCCUGCAGUCCUACAGCUGGAAUAUAUAGGCAUACACCUCUCUAGCCAACUUGUAAAGCUACUACAGUGGAGAUGGGAAUUUCUUCCUUUGUUGGUGGAAGGUUACUGACUCCAAGUCUUGGACUGAUGUUAAAGCCCAAACCACAGUUUCAAAAAAACUUUGAAAUAUUGAAUUGCUGGUACACCGUUGAGGCUUCUGAAAAUGUUUUGUCAAUUUCUGAGUAUUUACAACAUGUGUAAAUCUGACUGUUCAUUAGUCCUGACCGAAAUAAACGUGAACCUGGUGUAAGCGUUGUUUUAUUCAGAAUGUUUUGUGAUUUCUUUGACUUGAAAUCAUGUGCGUUCCUCAAUGAUGAGGUGUAACUGUGGCUGUCAUUCAGGUCACAACUCGUGUAUGUGUGAAUAAAUGCAUUCAUUGUUUUCAUAAUAAGUUGUACAAGUCAGUACACUUAGUGAAAUAUUCAAUGUUUGUGACAAUAUAUUUUCUAAAGUUAAGCAAUCCAGCUUAGUCAUAUAAUUAUAUAUUUACUGUUAUGUAAGCCAAUAACUCAUUUUGCUUUUCCUAUUACAGACGAGAGAUGUAUCGACGGUAACAAUUACACACUGUGUAAUUCCAAAACUACUAUUUGAAAGGAAAGCAGUGUGGGUGUGUCAAGUGUGCCACAGGGCUGGGAUAUAAAAAUGUUUCGCUAAUAUUGUGUUUUGUAAUCUCCAUGGUUUGCAACUGUCACCUUUGAUAUUUUAAUGCUUUUGCUUUGUCUACUGAGAAAGGAUCUAGCUUCAGAGACAUUCGUACAAAACCCAUAUAUUGAGUAGUAAAGGUGUUACAUGUGUCAUAUUUUAAAUACGCAAUUUUUUUUUUUCAUGGAUUUAUAUAAUCAUAAUAAUUUAAAAGAGGCAGGCCUCGCUAAUGUGAUUGCUUUUUGUGUUUAUGUAUUAUUAUAGAUUGAUAUUGUGCGGGACAUGAUUAUAUUAAGAUGAUAUGACAUACCCAAAUGUGUUUACUUUGAGUGAACGAUUUGAAUUACAUUCUUCAUUAGUAUUGUGACAUUUCCAUGUUUUAAAAAAAUUCUGUUAUGAGUGCUUGUAUGUUGUGUUCACUAUUAAAAAUUUGCAUUAAAAUCUACAGCUGAAGGUGCCUUUAGAAUUUACAUAUAUUGCUUUUACAGUUCAAAAUCUGAAUAUUAUAAAUCGACAGUUACAUACUCUUAUUUCUUAAUUUUUUUUAUAUUUUGCUAUGUUUUUAGACCAACAAAAAAAAAGUCAAUACCUGAUACCACAAAAAA